UCAACGGUUGAGAUGUUUCCGCCACUCGUGCUUAUCAUUCCUCUUCCUCACUCCACUGUCUCCUUUCUUCGCAUUCUUCUCCUCUGUGUUAAGAGAGAACAAAAAAAUGGCUAACUUCUUCUUCUUCUUCGAUCAUCUUUUCGUUCUUGACCCAAUCUGAUGCUUAUAUUACUGUAAUCUAAACAUUAAUCAAUAAAUAAAAAAAACCCCAAGUUUUGACGAACAGAGCUAUUUUCUAUUUUUUUUUUUUUUUGUGCCCCUUUUGUUUGGAUUCUUGUUUUGAAGUCAUGGGGUUGUAAUUUUUUUUGUUGGGAAUUGGUUUUUUGAGACAUUCAAGCGAAACUCACUUGUACUUUUCGAUUUUGAGCUCGUUUUUAGCUCAAAGUUGGGAGCUUUUUUUUUCUUCGUUACCCAGUUCUGUUUUUGGGAAUUUUUGUGUUAGUAAUGGUUACCGAUACUUAUUCGAAAUUGGGUACUGAUAUUUCACUGCGAUCGGCGCUGAAAAGUGGCGAUUAUGGUGAAGAUUUAGGGAUGUUGAGAAGACAACAAAGGCAACAACAGCAGCUCGAGGCUGUGAGUGACAGAGAGAAGGAACUCAACCUUUGCCGGAGUGGUUCUGCGCCGCCGACUGUUGAAGGCUCUUUAACCGCCGUUGGGGAUAUGUUUAAUGCCUCUGACUUAUUGGGAUUCAACAAAGCCGCCGGAAAAGGUUUCAUUUCUGAUGAAGAGCUUCGUUCUGAUCCUGCUUAUGUUAACUAUUACUAUUCCAAUGUGAAUCUGAACCCUCGCCUUCCGCCGCCGCUGCUCUCUAAAGAGGAUUGGCGGUUUGCACAGCGGUUACACGGCGGAGGCGGCGCCGGGGGGUUGGGUGGGAUUGGAGAUAGAAGGGAAGGUAGUAGAGGAGGUGAUGAAGGGGUUAAUCGGAAUGGGUCACUUUUCAUGUUGCAGCCUGGAGUUGGAACCAAAGAGGAUCCCGGUAUCGAUUCAAGGCGGGUUGCUCGUGAUUGGACCGGCGAUGGCCUUAUCGGGCUGCCGGGGUUAGGACUUGGGAGUAGGAAGAAAAGCAUUGCUGAGAUCCUUCAGGAUGAUAUAAGCAAUGGAAUGAAUAUCUCCCGACAUCCUUCUCGUCCGACUAGCCGCAAUGCAUUUGAGGAUACUUUGGAAGCUUCAGAAAGUCAAUUUGCUUACUUACAUCAAGAUAUGGCAACAAUCGGUGGGAACAAACAGGGCUUAUCUGCAGUUCAAGGAGUUGGUGCCUCUGCACCUCAUACUUAUGCAUCAGCUGUAGGAGCCUCCUUGUCUAGAAGUGCGACUCCUGAUCCUCAACUUGUAGCCAGAGCUCCAAGUCCUCGUAUUCCUCCAGUUGGUGGGAGGAUAUCUAGCACUAUGGAUAAAAGAAACGCUUCUGGGCCAAAUUCUUUCAAUGGGGUUUCGCUGAAGGCGAGUGACCCUUCAGACCUGGUGUCUUCUUUUUCGGGCAUGAAUUUGUCAAAUGGUAUUCUUGAUGAUGAGAGCCACUUGCGGUCAGAUAUUCAGCAGGAGAUUGAUGAUCGUCAUAACUUCUUCAAUCUGCAAACUGAUCAAAAUGAUAUGAAAAGGUAUCUAGGUUUGAAGAACACAGACUCGGGGAAGUUUCAUCUGCAUUCAUCUUCUCAUUCAGCUAGAGGAUCUCAUCAAAAUAAUUCUCUUGCGUCAGGUGUUGAUCAAUCAGAAUUCAACAAGCAAGCUGUUUCUUCCCCUACUUCAUAUAUGAAGGGGCCGUAUAAACAAACACUUAAUAAUGCAAGAGGUUCACCAUCUCGCAAUCAAAAUAUCGACAAUGGAAAUUCUUCUUUCUUGAAUUAUGGAUUCAGUGGUUAUACUACUAAUCCUCCAGUUUCCUCAAUUGUUGGGACCCAUCUUGGCAGUGGUAAUUUACCUCCACUGUAUGAGAAUGCUGCUGCUGCAUCAGCAAUGGGAAUGAGUGCCUUGAAUAAUAGAGCAUUCAAUGGAUUGGCUUUAGGAUCAAGUAUGUUGGAAACAGCCAGCGAAUUUCAAAAUAACAACAGGUUGGAAAAUCAUAAUGCGAUGAACGGUAUGCAGUUAUCUGGAUUGGAUCCAUCCUACAUUCAAUAUUUGGGAUCAAAUGAAUACGCUGCUGCACAGGUGGGCGGGAUUAGUGACCCUCCAUUGGAUAGUGAUAGUUUGAUGGGUAAUGGAUAUAUGGAUUUAUUGGGAGUCCAAAAAGCUUACCUGGGAGCAUUGCUUUCACCUCAAAAUUCACAAUUUGUUCUUCCUUAUUUUGGUAAAUCCGGCAGUCUAAAUCAUAACUACUAUGGCAACCCAGGCUAUGGUCUUGGCAUGUCGUAUCCCGGAAGUCCAUUAGCUGGAUCCCUUCUUCCUGGCUCUCCUGCUGGAUCUGGUAAUGCCCUCAACCACAUCAGUAAGGCCUUGCGCUUCUCUUCGGGAAUGAGAAAUUUUGCUGGAGGUGGCCUUGGAGGUUGGCAUUCUGAAGGUGGUGGCAAUAUGAAUGGAGGUUUUGUGUCUUCUUUGCUAGAUGAAUUCAAAAGCAAUAAAAGCAAAUGUUUUGAACUUUCAGAAAUUGCUGGCCAUGUUUUUGAGUUCAGUUCUGAUCAAUAUGGAAGUCGUUUCAUUCAGCAGAAGCUUGAAACUGCUUCUGUAGAAGAGAAAGAUAUGGUUUUCCAUGAAAUUAUGCCACAAGCUCUUUCCUUAAUGACUGAUGUGUUUGGUAAUUAUGUUGUUCAAAAGUUUUUUGAGCAUGGAACUGCAUCCCAAAUAAGGGAACUAGCUGAUCAACUCAACGGACACGUGCUAGCGCUCAGUCUUCAAAUGUAUGGUUGCCGAGUGAUUCAGAAGGCAAUUGAAGUGGUUGAUGUUGACCAGCAGACUAAAAUGGUUACAGAAUUAGAUGGUCAGAUCAUGCGUUGUGUACGUGAUCAAAAUGGGAACCAUGUUGUACAGAAGUGCAUCGAAUGCAUUCCUGAGGAAGCAAUUCAGUUUAUUGUUUCAACAUUUUAUGAUCAAGUUGUUACAUUAUCGACUCAUCCAUAUGGUUGUCGUGUUAUACAGAGAGUUCUCGAGCACUGCCACAACCCGAAAACACAGCAUAUAAUGAUGGACGAGAUUUUGCAGUCUGUCUGCACGCUGGCUCAAGAUCAGUAUGGAAAUUAUGUUGUGCAGCAUGUAUUGGAGCAUGGGAAGCCACACGAACGUUCUGCUAUUAUAAAGAAACUGACUGGGCAGAUAGUUCAAAUGAGUCAGCAGAAGUUUGCCUCCAAUGUCAUUGAGAAAUGUCUAACUUUUGGAACUUCUGCUGAACGCCAGGCCUUGGUCAAUGAGAUGCUCGGUACCACAGAUGAAAAUGAGCCCCUUCAGGUUAUGAUGAAAGAUCAGUUUGCAAACUACGUUGUACAGAAAGUGCUGGAAACUUGUGAUGACCAGCAACUUGAACUAAUUCUUAAUAGGAUAAAAGUUCAUCUCAAUGCUCUGAAGAAGUAUACCUAUGGUAAGCACAUAGUUGCUCGGGUGGAGAAACUUGUUGCUGCUGGAGAGAGGAGGAUUAGCAUUCUGACUCCAAAGCCAGCACAGGUGGUUGGUUAGGAAAACAAGGAAGAAAGUUGUACAGCUAACCGAGGAUAGCACAAAGCACGCGGUGUCUCUUUCCGCUUCCGUUUUAUAUCUCUGUCUAGUAAGUAAUAGCUGCUGUAUCUAUAUGAUUCAGAUAGAAGCUGACAUGAAAUAAGGAAAAAAAACGAGUACAAAAAGUAAAAAAAAAAUUGUUAAAAAAAGGAACUGUUGGCUGUACAUUUUAUAAUCUUGAGAGUAUAGAGAAAAUGAAGGUUAGAUGAAGAGAGAAUUGAGGGACAGAUGAACAAAAGCUGAUGGCUCUGUCCCUAAAGAAAAGAGAUAAGAGGUUUUAGUAUUUGAGUUUUUGUUUUUAAGGGUGUAAAAAGGGAGAGGAGGAAGAGGGAAGUAGAAAUGUUUAAUGGGAUGACGACGACGACGAUCUACGAUGAUAUGAUCGAAUCAUGGGUUGUACAAAUAUUAGCUGGUGGAGUUAUGUUUUUCUCUCUUUUUUUUUUGUUAGGAUUUGUUUUCUUUUGAUUAUGUAUGAGAUUUUGAUUCUUCAUCUUUGUUAUUUCAUCAACUUUUUUUCUUUCUUAAAGUUGAGUUUUUACUCUUUUUCU